AUGUCUGUCGAAGACCCUUCCGCUCAGACUGGGGAGUUCUGGCUGUUUGGAUACGGGAGCUUGAUUUGGAAACCACCGCCGCAUUUUGACAGGAGAAUUCCAGGCUGGGUGACCGGCUAUGUCCGGAGGUUCUGGCAAGUAGCUGACCUUCCUCCCCCGCCCCCCAACAGCCAAGACCACCGCGGCACUCCCGAGGCCCCAGGCCGCGUCGUCACGCUGAUCUCGCGCUCCUACUGGGAGCAGCUGACCGACCACCACGACGCGGCGCCCGAGAAGGUCUGGGGCGUAGCCUACCGCAUCACGCCGGACCGCGUGGCCGAAGUCAAGCAGUACCUCGACAUCCGCGAGAUCAACGGGUACACGAUCCACUACACGCCCUUCUUCCCGGCGCCCGGCGUCGACCCGGAACUCGUGCCGCAGCACGGGCCCUUCCAGACGCUGGUGUACAUCGGCACGCCCGACAACGAUCAGUUCGUCGGGCCGCAGGACCCGCAGCAGCUGGCCGAGCACAUCUACCGCAGCGAAGGCCCCAGCGGCCUGAACCGGGACUACCUGUGGGCACUGGAGCAGGCCCUGGACGAGCUGAGCCCCGAGAGCGGGGACGCGCACGUCACGGACCUGUCGAACCGGGUUCGGGCGAUCGCGGCGCGGGAAGAGGAAAAAGAGAAGAAGAAAAGAAGAAGCACCGGGCCUGACGCCGAGAUCAUGAGUCCGCCCCUUCCUGUCCGCGUCGGCCCGGAACAGGUGCUGCAGCGGGAGCAACAGCAUCAUGAGCAGCAUCACGACUUCGGGAGGGCCAGCAGCGUAGAUGAGCAAGAAGAGACAGAGAAGACUUCGUGA